AUGGCAAAGCCGCGCCACAGAAUCCAGGCCCUCGUCCUCGACGACGUGCCCGCCGUGGCCCGGCUGUGCGCCGAUGCCUUCGAGACGGACCGGCAGACCGAGAUGAAGGCGCUCGGCAAGGAGCCCUUUGACAUGAACGAGUACACCCUCGAGAGCCUGCCCGGCCUGCUCAAGAACCCGCGCAUCGUCGUCCUCAAGGUCAUCGACGAGGACACGGGCGACAUCAUGGGCUACUGCACCUGGGGGUUCCGCGGCUUCCUACCGGACGAAAUGCCCGUCGUCGAGGGCCGCCGAUCGCAGCCGCCGCAGCCGCCGCCGCAAGCCAGCGCUCCCGCACCGGCAGCCAAAAGCGGCGAUAACGACAACGACAACGACGACGGCCAGCAGCAGCCGCCGCCGCAGCAAGAGGGCAAGGCGGCACAGCCCGAGACGGACCCCAUCAAGCGGCUCGAGGCUCUCACGAGCGCCGACAUGGACGCCUGGAUGGAGGAGGUCAUGCCCGAAGGCACGCGCUGCACCUUCGUCGUCGGCCUGUCGGUGUCGCCCGGCUACCAGGGCCGCGGCGUCGGCUCGGCCCUCCUGGGCUGGGGCACCGCCUUCUGCGACCAAAAGGGCGUCUUCGCUUGGGUGCAUUCGUCGGAGCCGGCGUGGAAAAUGUACGAGAAGUCGGGCUUCCGCGUGAUCCGGUCCCUCGACGUGGACUUGGACGAGUACGCGCCCGUGCCGCCGCCCGGCGAGGGGCCCGACGCGAAAUGGGGGCACUACGUGUUUCGGUACAUGAAGUAUUUUCCCAAAGAGUUGAAUGUACAAUCAUGA